GCAAGCGUGAUAUAUGGAGAGCUCCUCAUCGCACACACAUAGUUUGGCGCAGUCUUCCGUCAUGACAACAGAUGAAGUGACGCUGGUAAGACCAAAUGCUCUUCUGCUAAAUCUGUUACAAUCUGGUGGUGCCAAGAAGGAAACCUUUACAAUGAAAGAGGUAAUUCACCAUCUUGGUCAGUACAUUAUGGCCAAGCAGUUGUAUGACAAGAAGCAGCAGCACAUUGUCCACUGCUCUAAUGAUCCUCUCGGAGAACUAUUUGGGGUACAGAGCUUCUCUGUUAAAGAACCCAG